AUGGGUCUUUCAGGGAUUCAGACGUGGACAUGGACACUGUUUGUGUGCCUGAGCUGGAUGCCAACAGGACAAACACUGGCAGGACCGCAGUACAUGGUGGCCAUACCUGCGGUUCUUGAAGCUGGAGCUGAAACCAAAUUCUGCGCGAGUCUCCUGAAGCCCAGCGAGACUCUAAUCACAACAGUCACUUUGAUGUCCAAAGAAACAAACACAACUCUUCUGGAGAAGACAUCCAACACUGAGUUUCAUACCUGCAUUCAGUUUCAGGUUCCUUUAGUGCAGAAUGAGGAGCAGCACAAGUUUGAGGUGGAGGUACGAGGCGACACGUUUUAUUCCAAAAAAGUCCAGAGUGUCUUGGUCAAAGUCUACAAACCAAUGACAUUUGUCCAAACGGAUAAGCCAAUCUACCUCCCAGGACAAACAGUGCAUUUCAGAGUCAUUACACUGGACACCAAGUUUAGACCUGCUCAUCAGCUGUACACCUUCAUUGGAGUUGAGGAUGCUAAGGACAACCGGAUUGGACAGUGGCUGAACAAAACAUCUGGUGGUAAAAUACUGCAGCUCUCUCACUCUUUAAACUCUGAGAGCCAUGAAGGACUUUAUAAAGUUAUUGUGAAGACUGAUGAAACGACAAUACAGCACAGCUUCAAAGUGAAGAAAUAUGUUUUGCCAAAAUUUGAUGUAAAGAUAAAUGCAUUUGAUGAAAUAAACAUCGCACAAAAGGAAGUAACCGUGGAUGUAUGUGCAACAUAUACAUACGGGCAGCCUGUGCCUGGUACUGCAGAACUUAAGAUUUGUAAAUAUUACGGGAUGAGUCGCUAUGGAUCAGAACAGUGCCAAAACAAGGCAAAGCAGACAAACAAGAGUGGCUGUGCCACAUUCACCUUCAGGGUCUCUUCCACAAUGUCACGUCAACUAUUUCCCUAUCUCGGAGUUUUUGGAGAAACUAAAGUAAUUCUCCAGGCCAAAGUGACAGAGGAUGGGACAGGCAUUUCACAACCUCAAGAGAAAGAAAUAAAAGUUUCACAGAUUGUAACAAAGCUGUCCUUCAUUGAUACACCCAAGACUUACAUACCAGGAUCAACUGUUGAAGUAAAAGUUAAAGUGGUUCACUACAAUAACACACCGAUCGCUGACAAAGUGGUCCACCUUUUCAACCGUCAAAGGAAACAGUCCAUAGCAACUGACAGCAAUGGUAUCGCAGCUUUCUCACUGAACACAACUAACCUCGAUGGGGACCUCAGACUCAGGGCUGAGGUGACAUCUGGACGAUUGUACUGGUUGGGACGACAGAAUGAUGCUGAAGUUGGCAUCAUAAUCAGGUCUUCUGUUACAGCGGAAGGCUCUUUGGAGGUGAAGAAGAAAGAUGAGCAACUUCGCUGUCACAGUGAAGAGACUGUCUUCAUUAAAUACUCCAUAUUUGGGCAGAACGAGAACUCUGUGGAUGUGAUGCAUUUGGUCUUAUCUAGAGGAGCUAUCACCAUGCAAGGAUCCACAAAGGUUCAUGUGCAAAAUCAACAAGUGAAUGAGGGCGAAGUGUCCUUUAAUUUGACAGUGUCUCCUGAAAUGGCACCAGACAUUCAGGUUGUGGCCUAUGCUGUCCUCCAUGAUGGGACAGUCAUCAAACACAGUGCUGACUUCUCCACCGAGAAAUGCUUCAGUCACAAGGUCAGUGAAGGAAGAUGA